AUAUAUAAUCGAGAAUGUUAUCUGUGAAGGUUCUGAUUUAUAACCCGGCGGUGUGCUAAAAAUCUUCUACCGUUUCAGUAUGUCGGUUUGGACAGUAAACAGCGAUCUCGCCCGGGAGAGGGCAGGGGCCACAUUUGACUCUGAACAAGUGACCAGCCUUUUAUACGGCGGGCCGGAAAAUGUGCGCAAACGUCGAUAUUUACAAAAUGCGGCUAUUCAGGACCCAGUGCUUCGAAGCGCCAAACCUUGGGCUUUCCAGGACAGGGCAGAACAAUACGACACUGCUCUGUGGAAACAUGUUUACAUUAUGAAAAAACUAGAUGAUAUGGGCAUCACAGACCCGCAAGAGAGAGCCUAUUACCAACAGGCCGGUGCUCCACAAGAGUACAGUCCCUUUUCUCUACAUACGGGUAUGUUCAUACCAUCGAUUGAAAAGCAGGGGACGCAGGACCAACAGGAGAAAUGGUUGCCUCUGGCACGAAGUUUAAAACUGAUUGGAACCUACGCUCAAACAGAAAUGGGUCACGGUACCUUCAUAAGAGGUUUAGAAACAACAGCGACAUACGAUCCAGCAACACGAGAAUUUGUGUUGAAUUCUCCAACUGUGACCUCUAUGAAAUAUUGGCCUGGCGGAUUGGGGAAAACAUCCAACUGCUGCCUGGUUAUGGCUCAGCUGAUUAUCAAGGGGAAAAGGGAAGGCAUCCAUUUGUUUUUUGUUCAGCUGAGAGACAUGGAAACACACAAACUUCUACCAGGAGUAGAGUCGGGGGACAUUGGACCAAAGUUUGGGUUUGGGACGAACGACAAUGGAUACCUAAAGUUAACUGAUGUCAGAAUUCCCAGAGAAAACAUGCUGAUGCGAUAUGCCAAGGUUCUGGAAGACGGAACGUACAUACAGCCAGCCAACCAAAAGAUAGGUUAUGGAACUAUGGUUUUUGUACGAGCUAGUAUUGUCACCAACAGUGCACGUGGUUUAGCACAAGCGUGUGUGAUUGCAAUUCGAUAUAGCGCCGUGCGUCGCCAAACUGAAGUAUCUCCAGGAGGAAGUGAAGCACAGAUAAUUGAUUACCAAACACAACAGUACAAGUUAUUUCCCCUGCUUGCUACCGCAUAUGCAAUGUAUUUUACUGGGAAGUACGCCGAGGAUUACUAUAAUGAAAUAUCAUCCGAAAUUGAAGCUGGAAACCUGGACUCAUUAAAUCAGUUGCAUGCCGUGUGUGCGGGUCUGAAGGCUUUCAGUACGUGGGACUGCACGGCGGGAAUAGAGACCUGUCGUCUGUGUUGUGGAGGUCACGGGUACUCUCACGCCAGCGGCCUACCAAAGCUGUACGUCUUCUACACACCGGGUUGUACAUACGAAGGAGAGAAUAACGUAAUGAUGUUGCAAGUGGCGAGGUUCUUGAUGAAAAUCUACCCUGACAUAAAGAAGGGAGCCAUGCUUCACAAAUUUGUUCAACAUCUAGGAGUGGAUCUCAGUCAGAAAUCAUGUAUGACAGAGGAAGUCACCAUUGAUUGUCUUGUGAAAGCUUAUGAGCAUCGGGCAGCUAGAUUAGUUAAAGAAGCUGCUUCUCAAAUUGAAAAUCUUCAAAGGUCGGGGAAAUCCCGCCAGAGUGCGUGGAAUGCGUCUACGGUUGUCCUAACAUGGGCUGCAAAGGCUUAUUGUCAUACCUUUGUCGUCAGAACGUUUUGCGAUACUGUGAGUAACGCUGAUGUGGACAAACAUACAAAAGAUGUCCUAAUUGUGCUCUGUAAGCUGUACGCAGUACAUGGUAUAGUUGAAAACUUGGGCGAAUUUAUUCAGGAUGGAUUCUUGAGUCCCCGACAAGUCUCCAUUCUCCAAACCAAAUUGGCAGAACUGUUGGCAGAGCUCAGACCCAAUGUUGUAGCACUAGUGGAUGCAUUCGACUACCCGGACAGAGUUCUAGAUAGCUGUCUAGGGCGAUAUGAUGGACAAGUUUAUAAGGCAUUAUACGAAUACGCUAAGAGUUCACCGCUUAAUGAUAAAGAGGUUUUGGAUACCUAUGAAAAAUAUAUCAAGCCAGCGCAAACUCUGCAUAUGGAACAAGAUCUAAGAGCUCGAUUGUGAUGUUCACACAUGUAAUAAGGAAAUUAACUCCUCUAUGAUGAUACUGUUUUAUUUAAGAGUUCAAUUGUGAUGUUCACACAUGUAAUUAGGAAAUUGAUUCCUCUAUGGUGAUACUGUUUUAUUCAAGAGCUCGAUUGUGAUGUUCACACAUGUAAUUAGGAAAUUAUCUCCUCUAUAAUGAUACUGUUUUAUGUAAGAGGUUGAUUGUGAUGUUCACACAUGUAAUUGGGAAACUAACUCCACUAUGGUGAUACUGUUUUAUUUGGGAUCAAUUGAUACCAUGAACAAUUAGUGGAAGAGAUACCUCAUUGCGCUUCAGUUAGGUCAUGUAUUACUGUACUACGACAGGAUAUUAAUAAUUUUAACUCACAAAUAUACAAAUAUAGAAUACGGAGCAGUGUAUACAAAUAUAGAAUACGGAACAGUGUAUACAAAUAUAGAAUACGGAGCAGUGUAUACAAAUAUAGAAUACGGAACAAUGUAUACAAAUAUAGAAUACGGAGCAGUGUAUACAAAUAUAGAAUACGGAACAGUGUAUACAAAUAUAAAAUACGGAACAAUGUAUACAAAUGUGCGUAUUUUUUAUGUAAACAAUGAUCUGCAAGAGAUUUAUUUUCGAUAAAUAAAAGUUCACACGGUAAUCAGUGUUCUGAAUUACAAAGUAAUUUUUUUUUCAUCUAGAUACAAAGUCAAUGGUAUUUUCAUAGAUUAUUUAUGCAUAUGUAAAAUCAAUUGGAAAAAUAAACGAAUUUCAAUUAG